AUGGGGCAAAUCAUCAAAUCCAGUGUAAAUGUAAAGUGGGGCAAAACAUCCAAUCCCCCGCCCACUCCUCGCUCGAAAUCCCGUCCAGAUUCGUUCGGAGAUGGCGCGAGAGGGAGUAGGGGCAGCCAUGGCGCCCGCAGCGGCGGAAGUGAGGUACGGGAUAGUUGGGGUCGGGAUGAUGGGGAGGGAGCACCUCCACAACCUCGCCCACCUCGCCGGAGAAGUCGAGCGGGAGCAGUCCGUCCGCGUCUGCGUCACCUGCCUCGCCGACCCCCACCCGGAGUCCCUCCUCCUUGGCCUCCGCCUCGCUGCGGAGCUUGGCCUGCCACCUCCCCAGGUCAUCGCGAGUUGCUGGACAGCGGGCUCUGUGACGCCGUUGUUGUGUCAUCGCCAAACAUGACACACUCUGAGAUACUCAUGGACAUCAUUGGUUAUGCCAAGCCGCACCACGUUCUUGUUGAGAAGCCUCUGUGCACCACGGUACAGGACUGCAAGAAGGUCAUAGAGGCUGCCAAACAGAGACCGGACAUACUCAUGCAAGUCGGAUUAGAAUACCGGUAUAUGCCGCCGGUCGCUAAGCUGAUAGAUAUUGUUAAAAGUGGCACACUAGGGCAGGUCAGAAUGGUGGCUAUCCGUGAACACCGGUUUCCUUUCCUUGUUAAGGUGAACAACUGGAAUAGGUUUAAUUGCAACAGUGGGGGGACUCUGGUUGAGAAGUGCUGCCACUUUUUUGAUUUGAUAAGAUUGUUUGCAGAUGCGAACCCUGUUCGUGUGAUGGCUUCUGGAGCUAUUGAUGUUAACCAUAAGGAUGAGGUUUAUGAUGGAAAGGUACCAGAUAUAAUUGAUAAUGCAUAUGUGAUCAUAGAAUUCGAUAAUGGCUGUCGUGGCAUGCUUGAUCUCUGCAUGUUUGCUGAAGGCAGUAAAAAUGAGCAGGAAAUUUCUGUUGUUGGUGACACUGGAAAGGGCGAGGCUUUUGUUCCAGAGGGCGUUGUGAGGGUUGGAAAGCGAGCAGGAGGCAGAGAUGGAGUUGUAACGUUAAAGGCCGAAGAUGAACGAAUCAAGUACCAGGGGCUUCACCAUGGAUCUAGCUACUUGGAGCACCUGAAUUUCCUGUCUGCCAUCAGGGCACAAGGUGCAUGUAGCCCAGCUAUCAGUUUGGAUGACGGCUUACUAUCUGUUGCAAUUGGUGUGGCUGGCCAAUUGUCGAUCGAGAAAGGCCGUUUCGUCACCAUUGAGGAGGUGCUAUCAAGCUGA